CCAUAAAACCCCACUAUGCCCUUUCGCUCACUCCGCUCAUUUCCCUUUUUCCCACUCCACUGAUCGAUCUAACUUUAAUUUCAUAUUAUUAUGGCCUCAACCUCAACCCAUUUGCUAAUCGUCAUGGCGCUGCUCUUUGUGGGGUUUGUGAGCUCCAACAUAGACCAGGACAGGGCGGAGUGCGCGGACCAGGUGGUUGGGCUCGCCACUUGCCUGCCCUAUGUGGGCGGCGAGGCCAAGGCACCCACCCCUGACUGCUGCAGUGGUCUCAAUCUCGUGCUUCAAAAGAGUAGGAAAUGUCUUUGUAUUUUGAUUAAGGACCGUGAUGACCCAAGCCUCGGACUCAAAGUUAAUCUUACGCUUGCUCUUGGGCUUCCUACUGCUUGUCAUACCCCUGCCGACAUCAAAGACUGCAUCGGGCUUCUCCAUCUGUCGCCAAACUCCAAGGAGGCUAAGGAUUUUCUAGAAACGAACCCCAAGGGAAGUAACACUACAUCAGCACCUGCUACUGCUGUUAGUGGGAAUUCCACGCAAAAUUCUGAAGCGAAAAAUGAUGGUGGAACGAAGAGGAAUCAGUGGUUGGGUGUGGAGAUAUUCGUUUGGUUUUCCACUUCAUCGUUUCUACUCACUUGUAUUUGGUAGUUCUGUUUCGAUUUAGUUGUUCUUAAUUACUUUUCCAAAUAAUUAAAAUGUUUCGUUAGUUUAAUAUAAAAUCAUUUCGUAUA